CUCAACUUCAACUCAUUUUGCAAUCUCUCUCCUUCUCUUUCUCUUUCUCUUUCACAAUCUCUUACAAACCCCACAAGCUACCUUUCUUCUCCUUAAUCACCUGUUAUGGCGAAUUUAAUUCUUAAGCGAACUCUUAUCAUUCUCCUAAUCAUAUUUUCAUCAAUAAUCUCUGAGGCUCGGAUCCUUCAGGCAGAUCACGUCGCAAACAUGGGAAAUAUAGAUAGUGAGGUUCUCCUACGUGAGCUCGGGUUUGAUCUCUCCAAGUUCAAAAGUUAUAACGAAAGGAGAUUUUUAGUGGAUUCGGAAAGGGUUUCACCGGGAGGACCUGACCCGCAACAUCAUUGAAUGGUAGUUUCGGAUAUAAAAUUUUACCGGAGAUCCAAGCACAAAGAAAUCAUAAUUUUGAUUAAUCCAUGCAAGUCAUUGAAUAUUGCUAUUUAUAUGAUUUUCUUUUCUCUUUUCACCUUCAUAAAAUCUUACUUACAAUUUUGUUGUAUCAGGGUUUUGGUAUUCUUGUACCUCCUUACAAAGUUACAAUACAUUGACCUUUUCUUAUGUAUGUUUUCAUGUGUCUAAAAUGAGUUACAUUUUAUGUAACUGCAAUUGGCUUACAAAUAAU